UUCAUUUUGCACCGCCUUUCUGAUACAUUCAGCAUGGACGCUUCGCGCGGUUUGAGGUGGCCGCAGUCGUUAUGGUGGAGGUUGUGGCAGGUCUGGCAAGGGCCACAAAAUCCGGCAUCCGUCCUGGGCCUGGGAACGAGGACUUAUACCCGGGGCGACACGCCAUACUCGCGCACGGCACUCUAUGACCUGCUCGGCGUCCCCACCACAGCCACGCAGGCGCAAAUCAAGGCGGCCUACUACCGGCAGAGCUUCCUUUACCACCCCGACCGCAACAACGGGAGCGCCGAGGCUGCCGAGCGCUUCACACGCAUCUCCCAGGCCUACGUGGUGCUGGGUAGUGCCACUCUCCGUCGCAAGUAUGACCGCGGUCUACUUUGCGACGAGGACCUGCGCGGACCCGGCGUCCGGUCCUCCAAGACGCCCACAGCAGACGCUGGGUUUCCCCGUCCCCCGCCGGCCGCCCCUCGGGCCCAUGGCGAUGGUCGGGCCGCCCCCGGCGCCAAUCGCACCAUGUUCAACUUCGACGCCUUCUACCAGGCUCACUAUGGGGAACAACUGGAGCGCGAACGGCGCCUGAGGGCCCGGCGGGAGGCCCUUCGCAAGCAGCGGGAGGACCGGGCCAAGAAAGGCUUCCAGUGGGACGAGAUCAGAGACAUGACUUUCAUAGUCUUUCUCUUUACAAUUUUCGCCGUCGUUGGCUUUCGUAUUUAAUCGGAGAGGGGAAGGAAGGGAAGCUGCCUCAGCCAGUGCCAAGAAAACGGCCUUUGCUGUCUAGAAACCAUUGGCCUGCCUUAGUCUACCUCUGCUGGGGUCUGAAGGAACUGCACUCCUCGUCUUCCCCCACCUGCCCUGCUUAGGCGGCAAUCUGCACAUCCUUCCCCUUUGCCUAAGAAGCCCCAAGAUGAAUCCCUAAGGCUCCGGAGUGAAGGAUUUUCUGGAAUCCCUUGGGUUGCCUUCCUGAUGUUGUCAAUUUCUAGAACACUUAAUCUAGCUUAAUUGUAAAGCUCUGAGCAAGAUUUAUCAGUUCCUGCCACACAUUUGUACUGUGGGGCUCCUCUGUAACCUUGAAACGUGCAAUAUGACCAAUUGUUGACUUCCAAAAGAAAAAUUCUGGGGUUGUACAAAAAUUUGUCUUUCUGUGAGUUCCCCAGGCCACAGGUGAGAUCUGAUCCAGGGUGAGAAUGUGAUCUGUGGAAAGUUUGCCAUUCCUCUUUCUAAGGUCAUCCCCACAUUGCAUUUCCCCUUUUGUUGGUGGCAUGUGGGAGUGGGAAAACAAGAUUUUCGAGCAUAAGGAAUGAGUUCUUGCGCACAUAUUUAUCUAAUGCAUGACCUUGAAGAGGUUACUGUGUGGGCAUGGCAGCAAAGGGGUAAGUCAUUUGCUCUUUUGAGAUCUGCCACACUUUAUUAUCCAUAGUGAUUACAACAUGUUGGUAGGAGGCUGAGUUUAUCCUUGGGACAGGGUGCCUGUCACCUGGUCAUCUCUUUACCUGCCAGCCCCAUCAAUAAUAGUGCAGCCCAUUCCCUCUCAGAGUCCCCUAAGUGUGGCCUUGGUCCUUUUUAACUUGCAGUUAUCACAGGCCCUACAAGUCCUUGAAAUAAGGCUGCGAGAAACCUUGUGGAUUUGGAGUAGAUAGGACUACUCAAGGACAGCUUGUUAUUUAAGGUGGAGACUCAAUUCCUUAUACGUAGCUGCAGGAAUAAGUUUCUCAACCCUGAGUUCCUGGAUGUGGGCAGGGGGUUGGCCAUGAGAUUGUAGGUGUUGUGUUUGUGUACUGGGACUGAGUGUAAAGCUGUGGAAGACAAGUCCCUCGAAGGAGGUCUAUGGCAAGGAUGAGGGCCCAAGUCUAGUCUCUAAACAGAGCCAGACCUGGUUUGUAUAUUAUUGAAUGCAACUGAGUGUCAUUCCUGUUCUCAAAUAUUUUGUAUAAAAGUCCUUAUAUAGGCUGGGUGUGGUGGCUUACGCCUGUAAUCCUGGCACUCUGGGAGGCUGAGGCUGGGGGAUUGCUUGUGCUCAAGAGUCCAAGACCCUGUCUGUACCAAUAAUAGAAAAAAAACUAGCCAGGUCUUGUGGUGGGUGCCUGUAGUCCCAGCUCCUUGGGAGGCUAAGGCAAAAGAAUUGCUUGAGCCCAAGAGUUUGAGGUUGCUGUAAGCUAUGACACCAUGGUACUUCAGCCUGGGUGAUGGGGAGACUAUGUCUCAAGAAAAAAAAAAAAAAAGCCCUUAUAUAAAUUGGGAUAAAGCCACACUUAGUCCAUCUUGGCGUCUUGAAAACCAUUCAGUUCUCACCUGUUGGCUGGGGCUAAGCUUCUGGACACAGCUUUGCAGUGUCCAUAUGAUUCAAUAUUAAAGAUUUGAGUCCACCCUGGUUCAGACAUUCCUCCACUCUGUGAGCCUUGAUUUGGGGAGGGAGGAUAUGUACUUUUAUAAAGAACAUUUAAUGUUACUAUGUUUCAUAUUUGGAAAACAAGGGAAAGUCUUAUUUUUGAAAUACAAACUACAGAAAGUGGAGCUUAGCGAAAUGGACAGAAGCAGCUGGCAUUCUAAAUGAUAAAGUGGGGCAUAAGAGAGUCCUUGGGGCAAGGGCUUUUUGUUUCUGUCGAAAGGAAUUUGGCUCUUGUUUUUGGUUUGUAAAAGUAUUAACUUGCAAAAGUAUUAACAGUCUGUAAAAGCAUGGGCCCCUUUGCAUAGAUCUCUCAAGUUUGUUUUCCCUAUGUGAAGAUCAUAGCCAAGAAGGCUCUCUGUGACCUCCAGAAUCUGAAGGAGAUAGAAAGUUUCAGAAGAUUUCAGACUAGGUGUGGGUCCAGACUAAGUGAAAUUUCUGGAACAUUCCAUGUACCUCUAAGCAGAGCAGUCUAUAAAAGUUUAUU